AUGGCGGCGACAGGACCUUACAACUAUUCUUACAUAUUCAAAUACAUCAUAAUAGGUGAGCCAAAUAAUAGUUAUUUAAUUUUACGAAACAUUUUGCUUUGUCACCAAAACAUUCAAUUAAUGAAUUUAAUUAAUUAAGAUCACUCUUUAGAAGGUUGAUUUAACACAGUUGUUUCAGUUAAGACAGAAUCCACCAGGAAAUUGAAUAAUUUUAAGUUUCAGUGGACAAAAACCUUGUACCAGAAUCAGGGUGCAAAGAAAGUCGGUUUUGUGGCUUGCCAUUCGGGCAAGUUGUUGCAGAGUCUUUUAAGAAGCCCCCCCAAAAUUUUUUAUGCGCAGCAUUGAUUACAGUUCUUCUUUAAUUUGAAUUUCCCCAAAAACUUCACUUGCCCUUCAGGCAAAUUAAGAACAGGAUUGACUAGCCUGAUUGCCAAUUCCAGUUGCCCUGGGCUAUCGGACACAGGUUUGUUUGCAUGCUGACCAGAAUAAUUUAAAGCAUAUUGCAUUCUUUUUUACAUUUUUCAAAGCCUAGAGAUGUAAUAAAUCAUCUGUAGUAACACUGAAGAAAAUUUCCUAUGGGAACCCGAGAAAAUGAAUUUCAAAUUUCACAAAAUUACAUCUUACACAAGAAAUUUUCAGAAUUUUACCUGUGUUGUCACAAUUCUUGUGAAAUUCGACAGUUUCAGUUUCUCGGGUCCCAUGAAAAAUUUUCUUUGCUGUUAUUACAGAUGACAAAUUAUAUCUUUAGCCCUUGAAAAAUGUAAAAAAGAAGGCAAUAUUGUUUGAAUUAUUCUGGUCCAAGGGUUUUGUCCACUGAAAAUUAAAAUUACUUAAUUUCCUGAUGGAUUCCGUCUUAAUUUUCUUUGGUACAAUUUCCAUAUAACCCCAUACAUUUAUUACGAGUCAAAACGUGUAUGCAUUCACAAAAUAAAUGUUUAGGGCUUUACGUAAAUAUUACCCCAGUAUGAAUAGCCUUGAGGUUUCUAUCUUGAGAAGGCCACUGCCAACUUCUCUUCCAGUUACAAGCCCCCUCCUGUUGCUAACCAGUGUAUAUAUAGAGUUUACUAUGACAAGCGAUUAUCUGGGAAGAUGAACUACCUACACUUAACAUGGGAAAAAUAAAGAAUUCUAUCCACAAAUCCACAAAAUGUCACAGGCUGCGUUUUUACCCAAAUAAAUUGAGGUCUAUUCAUUUGCAACGUGCUCAUUUGGCCAUCAUUCUUGCCGGUUUUAAAUUUAAAACAUUUAAAAAAACACUCCAUCAGGUGAAUCCGAUGGCUAUAUGAGUAAGCAAUGGUGCACCUUUACAUGUAGCUAUGUGAUGGGAUUGAAGUCUGACAGGCGGUGAAAACACCUUGUUCCAAGUUUAACUACAGUUGUGCCUCUAUUAAGCGGCCAACCUCUGCCAAUCACCCUGUGGACAUUCAGCUUAAUAAUUCAGUAAAUCACUGUAAAUAAAGACUUGACCUUCUACCAACAAGUAAUUUUGCUAAUGUUCACUUUACUGACAUCCUAGUACUUGUUAUGUUUAAUGUCAUUAAAUAUUUUAUUUAUGAUGAAGCACUAUUAAAUCUGAUCUUCUCUCUGACAGGUGACAUGGGUGUAGGUAAAUCUUGUCUUCUUCAUCAAUUUACAGAAAAGAAAUGUAAGCACAACCUAGAUGUCUUAGAUUGCAUUGUAAAUGGAAAUACCAUUAGUACAAGCAGGGUUUGCAAAUUUUAUUGAUGGGUGAAGUCAGUGCGACUUCUGCUUGAAACAUUUUGGAGACAUUUGGAAUAUUGGGAGUCAAGUAACACUUGCUUUGGCAGUUCUCCACUCAGUCUUUUCUACCAGUUAGCCAUUUCAGUGCAUAGUACAGGCAUGUAUACGCUAUCAUGACGGAAACUGGAAUAGUUACAUUCUCAUGUGAGAGUCUGCUGACCUCUAAAGGCUCAAAUCCAUGAUGGUGAUCAUCACUAACUGUAAUUUAGCCUCCAUGUGUAUACACCAGGCCAUCUGAUAGGGUGCGAUAAAAAAUCAGAAAUUGUGCGAUAUUUUCAAGGUAGAUUGUGCGAUAAGAUAGGACUAUUAUGUGGUAAAUUAUGCAUUUUUUUCAGGGCUAAUUUACAUUGUUUUACCAGGUUUCAAAGGAGAAAAACCACUUUAAUGUUGUUUAACGGGCAAUCUGAAUGUAAAGGAAUAAUAAAACAUCUAUUUUAAAACAAAAUAGUUAAAUUUGUCCGAUUAUUUUGACACGGAAAAGAAAAAGGACACUUGCUUAAUAUUACAUGACUCCCUUACACCGCUGACCACACUGCUUGUCUCUAAAAUCAAAAUGGCUGCCCAGAUACCGCAAUCGAAGGUUUCAGAUGUCUUGCAAAGCUUUGUUUAGUGGUAAAUCACUUUAAAUAACCUUAAGAUUGGGAAAAUGUUUCAUUAAAGUUAGAAUUCAUUGUUUACUUUACUAACUUGAAUUUAGCAUUUUUUAACAAAUUAUGCGAUUUUCCUGAAAUUGUGCGAUCGGAUGCGAUUUGAGGUCAAUUGUGUGAAUACGUAAUAUCAGAUGGCCUGUUUACACAUGAAUAAUUCUUCAAUUUUGGUGGUUAAAAUCAGGUUUACAACGUUUGCAGUUGAUAUAGAUUGUAUUUGUUUUGAAAAAGGUAAGGAAAAAACUAUUUUGCAACUGAAAAUUUCUGGAGUCAUCUUAAAAAUAUUUACAUUCUCAUGUGAGAGUCUGCUGACCUCUAAAGGCUCAAAUCCAUGAUGGUGAUCAUCACUAACUGUAAUUUAGCCUCCAUGUGUAUACACCAGGCCAUCUGAUAGAGUGCGAUAAAAAAUCAGAAAUUGUGCGAUAUUUUCAAGAUAGAUUGUGCGAUAAGAUAGGACUAUUAUGCAGUAAAUUAUGCAUUUUUUUCAGGGCUAAUUUACAUUGUUUUACCAGGUUUAAAAGGAGAAAAACCACUUUAAUGUUGUUUAACGGGCGAUCUGAAUGUAAAGGAAUAAUAAAACAGCUAUUUUAAAACAAAAUAGUUAAAUUUGUCCGAUUAUUUUGACACAGAAAAGAGAAAGGACACUUGCUUAAUAUUACAUGACGCCCUUACACCGCUGACCACACUGCUUGUCUCUAAAAUCAAAAUGGCUGCCCAGAUACCGCAAUUGAAGGUUUCAGAUGUCUUGCAAAGCUUUGUUUAGUGGUAAAUCACUUUAAAUAACCUUAAGAUUGGGAAAAUGUUUCAUCAAAGUUAGAAUUCAUUGUUUACUUUACUAACUUGAAUUUAGCAUUUUUAAACAAAUUAUGCGAUUUUCCUGAAAGUGUGCGAUCGGAUGCGAUUUGAGGUCAAUUGUGCGAAAUCGCACCAUCGCGUAAUAUCAGAUGGCCUGUUUACACAUGAAUAAUUCUUCAAUUUCGGUGGUUAAAAUCAGGUUUACAACGUUUGCAGUUGAUAUAGAUUGUAUUUGUUUUGAAAAAGGUAAGGAAAAAACUAUUUUGCAACUGAAAAUUUCUGGAGUCAUCUUAAAAAUAUUGGCCUAUUUGUGAACCCUGAGUACAAAUCAUGAUAAAAAAUUUAUCAGUUCAUUAAGCAGCAUGGAAAUUAUUGGUAGUAACUUAACAUUGGAAGAAUCAUUGUGGCCUCAAAAGAGGGAAAUUUUCCCUACUGCGCUUUUCAAAAACAGGUGAAUUCUGAAGUUAAAAAGCCACCUAAAAUUUUUGUUCUUUGCUGCCGUCAAUCAUCACUACAGACUUCUUAGAAAACAGAAGUUUUCGUCAGUGAGUUCAAAGGUUAAGGGUUUGUGAUUUGUGGAAUUUGAUCCUUUUUGUUAAAUGUAGUUUUUGUGUUUUAAGCUUCAUUGCGUAUGAUCUUAUAUACAAUUAACACCAGUGAAAUCGUAAUUGUGAAGGUGGCUUUUAAACUUCAGAGUUCGCAUGUUAUUGAAAAGUUUAGUAAGAUACAGUAGACUAAAGCUGAAAGAUUGUAUUGUGAAUGUCCAUCCUUAAGGCCUUGUUUCAUUCUGAGAUUAUCAUACCAUGUCAGGCCAAUGCAAGACAUUGGCAAAAAUAAGGACUUGAGAUCUACAGUAGUGUACAGUCAGAUGAAUUCUACUGUAUGCUGUUGGUCUUAACCAUUUAACUCACUUUAACAUGCACUUCUGUCAUUGACAUCACCUUGUCUAUUGCAGUUAUGGCGGACUGUCCUCAUACUAUUGGGGUGGAGUUUGGCACAAGAAUAAUUGAAGUUUCAGGUCAAAAGAUCAAGCUUCAAAUAUGGGAUACAGCAGGACAAGAGAGAUUCAGGUAUGAUUGUCCCUUGCUCUACUGAACCCAUCCACACUGUAUCUCGGUAGUUAGAGCUAAUGUAUUUAUUUAGACCGUCCAUUGGCAGUGAGCUCAAUCUUCCAAGAACUAACUCAGCAACUUUAAUAAUUGGUAUGGUUACAUAGGACACUUUUACAUUGGCAAAUGACCCUAGACCUUUUACCAUGGGAAAUUUUGGUGUGGUGCAUGUGAUCAGACUUUACCUAAUAUCUGACGUAUGCAGUUUGUUUAAUUGGAAAGUUUAUUUGAUAUGAAGAUUUAAAUGCUGACAAGCAUUCACAGACCAGAGUACCCAUCUAUGACAGUGAACAAGAUCAAUAAUUUAAUCCUCCAUUGCUGUCAUCACCAUGGAAGUUGUAGAGUAAUCAUCUUAUUAUUGAAUACCCAAAAUGUGCCCACUGUGAUAAAUGUUGGCUACAUUGCUGAGACCAUUGGGAGUUGCCAUUUGCAUGGGCUAACCGAAUNGGACCGGUCGCGAAUUUGUCGCUCGCUUGGCCGCUUCGCGGCCUAAAAAGCUCGCUCCGCUCGCUAAGAAACUCGUGAAACUCGAUUUCGCGGUAGUUUCAAUGGGUUUUUCAGAAGCUUUGUCAUCUUUUAGCCAUUUCUCGUGAUUGUAGUAGGAGCCCUCGUCGCUCUCUGCUAAUUUCGAAACCCACACUUUGCAAACCGAUUUUGCCGUCUUCUUUUGUCUUGGAGUCAAGGAUGAAAACGGACAAGCUCUUUUUUCUUCUUUGGAGGCAUUCACUUCCAAAAUCCACAGGAAAGCAGUGAGCACUAUACUUGUAGACGAGGAUUUCUGUCAAAUUGCUUGAUUAGCUUUGUCCAACAGCGGCAUGCGUAUCAAGUAUGACAGGACUUGUCAGCGAUCAAUUAAACUAAUUAGCAUAGAAAAAACUUUUGAGCUCCAUAAGUCUGCACAGAAAAAACAUUUUUUCCUGGAAUUUUUUGUAAAAGAAAGCUUUUGAUGAGCUCUACUUAAUCAUCUAAAAAUUGAAAAUUUCGAAAAAUGAUGGUUUUUUACCCUGGAUGAUACCUUAAGGCCUUGUUUCAUUCUGAGAUUAUCAUACCAUGUCAGGCCAAUGCAAGACAUUGGCAAAAAUAAGGACUUGAGAUCUACAGUAGUGUACAGUCAGAUGAAUUCUACUGUAUGCUGUUGGUCUUAACCAUUUAACUCACUUUAACAUGCACUUCUGUCAUUGACAUCACCUUGUCUAUUGUAGUUAUGGCAGACUGUCCUCAUACUAUUGGGGUGGAGUUUGGCACAAGAAUAAUUGAAGUUUCAGGUCAAAAGAUCAAGCUUCAAAUAUGGGAUACAGCAGGACAAGAGAGAUUCAGGUAUGAUUGUCUCUUGCUCUACUGAACCCAUACACACUGUAUCUCGGUAGUUAGAGCUAAUGUAUUUAUUUAGACCAUCCAUUGGCAGUGAGCUCAAUCUUCCAAGAACUAACUCAGCAACUUUAAUAAUUGGUAUGGUUACAUAGGACACUUUUACAUUAGCAAAUGACCCUAGACCUUUUACCAUGGGAAAUUUUGGUGUGGUGCAUGUGAUCAGACUUUACCUAAUAUCUGACGUAUACAGUUUGUUUAAUUGGAAAGUUUAUUUGAUAUGAAGAUUUAAAUGCUGACAAGCAUUCACAGACCAGAGUACCCAUCUAUGACAGUGAACAAGAUCAAUAAUUUAAUCCUCCAUUGCUGUCAUCACCAUGGAAGUUGUAGAGUAAUCAUCUUAUUAUUGAAUACCCAAAAUGUGCCCACUGUGAUAAAUGUUGGCUACGUUGCUGAGACCAUUGGGAGUUGCCAUUUGCAUGGGCUAACCGAAUCUGUAGGAUACAUGAUACACAAUCUAUAUUUUCUGAUAACAUGGGUUCCUUUAUGCUUCCAUCAGUAAGUUGCUCAUUUCAUUUUCUUGUUCAACUCUGCAGAGCUGUAACACGAAGUUACUACAGAGGGGCUGCUGGUGCUCUUAUGGUAUAUGAUAUCACAAGGUGAUUCAACAAUGAUCUCUUGCUAAUAUACAGCGGAACCUUGAUAUAACAAAGGGUUAAGGGAGUGACAAGAAAAAAUGUUUGCUAUAAUGAGAUUUUGUUAUAUCUAGGUUCUUUACGAUAUAUAAUACUCUUACUGAGACUAGGAUUAUUGUUUGUUAUACCAAGGACUUUGUCAUAUAGGGGUUCGUUAGACUGAGGUUCCACUGUACAACUAUCCCCAAAAUAAGAAGUGAAUAGUAUACAACUAUCCUCUGAAGGGGAGGUAAAUAGUAGUGGAUAUAUAUAUACCGAGAUGUGAAGCGUGAUGGUAUAUAUCUAGUGCUGUUCACCGACCCUGAGGGGGAUAGUUGUUUUAGUAUUUACCAAAUAGGUUGGAUAAAACUGAAAAAAACUUCACUUGGUAGGAACUUUGUUUACAAUUUACAAACAUUUUGGGGAUUUUGUCAAGUGCAUUUUACGAUUUUGUUGCAAAUUCAGCAUGAAAAUAAUUUUCUAUCAACCAGUGAACACUGACAAGCUAAAGUUCGUCCCGUUCUUGCUAUUUGUUUGUACGACUGCUUCAUUUAUCGCACAAAUUUCAUCUUCCAAAAAUGUCUCAAAAGAAGACGCCAUCUUGGCUCUGGUCGCAAAACAGUGAAUGGAUAUUCCAAGUUACAGGAGGCAAUCAAAACGCUGCCAAAAAUUGCUAUUUACUGAUUUGUUAAAUACUAAUGGUAGAGAUACAUUUACCAGUACACUGAGUGUCAAGAUAUAUAUCUUAUUCUAUCACUAUGUACCAGCCCUGUUCAGGAGAUGGUUUUGGUAUUUACCAAAUGAAAAAGUAACCUUUUUUAAGAGAUGCCAUGCAGUAGGGGCUUUGUUUAGGUUUCAAUUGUGUCAAUAACAAAAUGCUUGAAUCUGAUUGGUUCUUAACAACCCAUAUUUACAGCUUAAUUUUGUUAUUGUAACUCCAAAACUUUCCAAUUUGACCUGUCCGAUUACAUGGAGCUUGUAAUCAGACAGCUCAAAUCGGACAGUUAAAGAGCUGAUGAUAAUCAAGUAGGAAAUGCCAUUAGCCAAUGCAAUUUAACUACAUAGCACAUGAUAACCAAUAAAAAAUAAUCAGUAUCUGACAAUGAAAAAAUGGAGACCAGGUAAGCUAUGCGCUCAGCCAAUUUGAAAUUACUCGCCCCAUUACUCCCUGAAUUGUAGUCCAUUCAGUCCUAUUAGUAUGACCUGUGGAAGGUAGAAAAUUAUUUUCUCAAUUAAUUUGCCAUAAGUCACAAAAAUGCACUGGACAAAUCCCUGAAGCACUGUUAAUUAAGGCUAUCAAUGUAUUAAUAUUAUAAGCAGAAUGUUUAAGUCACAAAUGUGACUACAGAUACAGCAAAAAGGACCAAUUGUGAAGUUUGUGAGACAAAGUACUUAGAUCAUGUAUUCCUCUAUUUUUGUAAACACUGUACAUGUUUUAGCCCUGUUUUAUCAGCACUACUUUAUGAUUGAGAAAAUUAAGAAAUUCCUUCCCCAGAGAGCAGGAAAAUUCGUUUCUGAGGGCCAAAUUUUAAAAAUUUUGUUGGGGUUCAUGCCUCUAGACCCCCCCCCCCCCNAUUUUCUCAAUUAAUUUGCCAUAAGUCACAAAAAUGCACUGGACAAAUCCCUGAAGCACUGUUAAUUAAGGCUAUCAAUGUAUUAAUAUUAUAAGCAGAAUGUUUAAGUCACAAAUGUGACUACAGAUACAGCAAAAAGGACCAAUUGUGAAGUUUGUGAGACAAAGUACUUAGAUCAUGUAUUCCUCUAUUUUUGUAAACACUGUACAUGUUUUAGCCCUGUUUUAUCAGCACUACUUUAUGAUUGAGAAAAUUAAGAAAUUCCUUCCCCAGAGAGCAGGAAAAUUCGUUUCUGAGGGCCAAAUUUUAAAAAUUUUGUUGGGGUUCAUGCCUCUAGACCCCCCCCCCCCCAGACACUCAGGCCCCUUGAGCCUUUGCUGCAUGGCGGUUGGCCAUGUUUUAGAACUGAAAUCUUUCAUGCUGCUUCAAAACUUAAUGACAGCCCUGUUAACAUUAUAGCCUCUAUCAGAGUUAAGGUGGAUUUCCACUGUCAGAUAAUUUUUACGUGUAUAAAUAAAAUAGAGGUGAUGUAUGAAAGGCCUCGUGGAAAACUAAAUGUUGAGCGAGGCUUAACUUUUAUAUUUAUGCACGACCUUUCAUACGUUGCCUCUAUUUCAUUUACAUGCGUAAAAUUUAUGUGGGUACACACAUAAAAAUUAUGGGACAAUGGAAAUAUACCUUAAAGCCAAGUCACUGACAUCAUCAUCUGUGGCAAUUUUUUUUUCUGUAGGAGAAGCACUUACAAUCAUUUAAGUAGCUGGCUUACCGAUGCAAGGAAUCUAACAAACCCCAACACGGUAAUGUCAUCAAAGUGUCAUGCUCUUUGCUUCUUUCAAUUUAUGCAUUUUGAAGGUGCUUGUCAAGAACAAGAUUGUAAGGCACUGUAAGCAAAACAGGUUUUUUUUUUCCAUAAGAAGCGCAAGGUUUAUACAAGAUUAAACAGAAUUUUUUGGACAAUGGUUACUUCACAAUGGCUCAAUGUUAAUUUUGUCUUUUGCAUUUAAAUGCAGGUAAUAUUUCUUAUUGGGAACAAGUCAGAUCUUGAUGCUCAGGUGAGUGUUAACAAAGCAGACAAUUACAUGUAACAUCACUUGAUGCUGUUUAUGAAAAUGUGAGUGAGCCAAAGCUACAUUCUGAACACCUGAGUUAACUAUAAACAACUAUAUUCUGUCCAAAUAGAGAGAUGUGACCUAUGAGGAAGCCAAACAGUUUGCAGAAGAGAAUGGCAAGUACCUGCAGGCUUUUUCAUUUUCUCUGCCAAAAGUAGUUGCUGUUAUUGUCAGUUUGUCAUGGGAAAACGAAAAAGAGGAGGAAAAAUGGAAACGUUGUCUGAUAAUCAUUUAAAAAAAUUGUCAUUCCUUGUAUGUUGUAUUUUUUAUUUUCUCGAGCAUUUUAUCAAAUUUUAAAUCAAUGUUUUACUGUUUCUCUUAAAAUGUUAUAAAAAUCUUAUAAAAACUACACACAAAACUUCUGUAAAAUAUUCAUAAAAAUAAAACGUCCACAUCAAUAUUAUAUAAAUACAAAUUUCCGGCAAAACCUCUUCACAAUUCAGAAUUCUAAGAUACUAAUUAAAAACUUAAAUAUAUGUCCACGAUAGAAAACUACUUACAAUUGUGAAUACUUUGAGAGUGGGAAAAGGAAAAUCAAGCAUUACUAAGAAAAAAACUAUCAAAAAUCUAGGCCUAAAAUUAUGAAUACAGAUGUAGACCAGCUACAGCGAAAGUGAAGUCUUCUGAGACCUCACGUGAUUUGAAUGGAUAUCUAGAACCUCUGAAUGACUGUUUCUCUUUGCAUGUGACGGCCACAAGUGAGUACAAUGUACAUGUAUGUAUCUACACAAUAAUGUACUUUACAUAUGGAUAUAAUAAUGAUGUCAAUAAUUAUUUCUCUCUUUUAGGACUUCUGUACUGUGAAGCAAGUGCAAAAACGUGAGUCCUGUCAAAACAUAAAAUUAAUGUGCUGUAACAAUGGAAAUUAUUGUUCUGAAUCAGUUAUUGGAGUUUCUGAUGGCAUGUGGUUACUUAACAAUGUAUUAUUACAUGAGUGGGCGUUGGAUAUGAGAUGGUAGAUAGCCAAUAAGGUGCGUAGCACCAAACUGGCUAUAAUCACCUCAUAUCCAACAACUGCAAGUGGAAAACGCCCACAGAAUAUCGAGAAUUCUUCCCGACUUGAUUUGUAAAAACAACCGAUUUUCAGCUUGUUUUUAAUUUUGAGCAACAACAACAACAACAACAACAACAACAACACUUUAGCAGACGCAUACUAUUUGGAGAGCAUGGUAUAAUGGCUCAUAUACCAUGAUACAAUGUAACUAAGCCAAUCAGAGCUCUAGAAUUGCAUUAUCCAAUGAUUCAGUUUUUAAUAAAAAUAAUUAUUUCAUUGACCUUGUUCAUUUGCAGUGGUGAAAAUGUCGAGGAUGCUUUCCUUGAAACUGCAAAGAAGAUUUACCAAAAUAUUCAAGAUGGAAGGUACAGCCUUACAGCUGAAGUUUAACCCAGUAUUUUAACAAAAGUCCUUUUGUCAACAUUAUGAGUAUUGAAUAAUGGAUAAUUGUUAGGUUAAGAUGGCUUUAUUUCAGCCAAGUCAAGGCUGUGCUCUAAGGAAAAUUCAAGGGAGCCCAUUGCUCUGAAACUGUAAAAUCUUGGGUGUCCAGUAUAUGAUUUGUAUGAAAAAAGUAAGAUUUUCUAUUCGCUCAAGGGUUAAAGUUCGGUGCCAGGGUCCACCAGGUUCUGCUAAAGCACAGCCCUGCAAGUUCUUUCUUGUGUAUUAAUGGACCAAGACGAAGUCAAGGUCAAUAAAUACUCGAAAAUGAAAGAGGUCAACGUUUAGCCGUCUUGAUAAUGUGGCCAUAAAGAGAACUUCUUCUUGAUGGGCCCGUCUUGCCCGCUCAGGUAGGCAAUCAGGACACAGGAUUCGGUUCGUCUUGCUUCCUCAUGGAUUCAGCCAUCUAAUAAUUAGAGGCCUUUAGAUUCCGAGACGAGAACGACUACGAGUUCGAGAUUUUCUCAAUACUGAGUAUUGCUCACGCGUGAACCAGCGUCAUUUUGGCGGGAAAACGUGAUAGCCGUCGUCAUUCUACUACGAGUUUUAGCGAGAGUGUCGUAGUGGCGGGAACAAGUUAUCAAAUGUNAGGUACAGCCUUACAGCUGAAGUUUAACCCAGUAUUUUAACAAAAGUCCUUUUGUCAACAUUAUGAGUAUUGAAUAAUGGAUAAUUGUUAGGUUAAGAUGGUUUUAUUUCAGCCAAGUCAAGGCCGUGCUCUAAGGAAAAUUAAAGGGAACCCAUUGCUCUGAAACUGUAAAAUCUUGGGUGUCCAGUAUAUGAUUUGUAUGAAGAAAGUAAGAUUUUCUAUUCGCUCAAGGGUUAAAGUUCGGUGCCAGGGUCCACCAGGCUCUGCUAAAGCACGGCCCUGCAAAUUCUUUCUUGUAUAUUAAUGGCUCAAGACGAAGUCAAGGUCAAUAAAUACUUGAAAAUGAAAGAGGUCGACAUUUAGCCGUCUUGAUAAUGUGGCCAUAAAGAGAACUUUUUCUUGAUGGGCCCGUCUUGCCCGCUCAGGUAGCCAAUCAGGACACAGGAUUCAGUUCGUCUUGCCUCCUCAUGGAUUCAGCCAUCUAAAAAUAGAGGCCUUUAGAUUCCGAGACGAGAACGACUCCGAGUUCCAGAUUUUCUCAAUACUGAGUAUUGCUCACGCGUGAACCAGCGUCAUUUUGGCGGGAAAACGUGAUAGCCGUCGUCAUUCUACUACGAGUUUUAGCGAGAGUGUCGUAGUGGCGGGAACAAGUUAUCAAAUGUUAGAAGUUUUAGCAUUUUGGAAUCGGGAGAGGUCUAACCUCCUUCAAUAACGAUAACAGUGCUAACUUUUCUGAUGAAAAAAAGUACAAUGAAGAAUUCCUGGGUGUCUAUUUUUUGACAAUACGCGAAAAAAACUUUAAAUCAAAUCUCGUACUCGUAGUCGUUCUCGUCCUCGAAUCUAAAGGUCUCUUAUAGACCUCAUUCACGAUACUCGCCAUCAUUGCACGUGCUUGAGGCCUGUUGGGGUAAAAGCAAUGUCACAUGGUUUCUCAGGGAGCAAACAAGUGGUAAAAGCCGCCAAUGCAAGAAAUCGCGGACGCGUUUGUUUAUUCUAGACAACAGAAAAUGUACAACUUUUUAUCUUAAAAACGAUAAUGGCAAAUCAUAGGUGUAAGGGAUCAUUGUUACUGUUUUGGAUGCAGUAGUAACCUGAGACCAGGCCCAAUUUUAGCGGUUCUCAUACAUUCUUUCUAACGGCUACCGCUAAAAUUGGGGCUCUGUUUUCGUUUCGCCUUGCCGCCGGAAUGUUAUUACAAAGCGAAACGAAAAUUGAGCCUUAUCUCAGGUUAAUGCAGUAGCGACCGUACAUUUCCUCAUAACAAGCACUAUUGACGCGAAACUUGAGUAAAUUCGACCUUUAGCUGUACACUUUGCUUUACUAUCAAAUCGUCGUCUCGUUUUGAGAGAAUAAACAAACUCGACAGUGAUUACUUGUAUUGGCAAAUUUUAUCACUUGUUUGCCCCCUGAAAUACCGCGUGACUUUGCUUUUAUCCCAUCAAUCCUAAAGCGCGUGCAAAGAUGGCGAGUAUCGUGAAUAAGGUCUAUCAGAGAGCUUUAGAUUCUGAGACGAGGACAACUACGAGUACGGGAUUUCCUCAACACUCACGCGUGAACCAGCGUCAUUUUGGCGGGAAAACGUGGUAGCCGUCGUCAUUCUACCACGAAUUUUAGCGAGAAUGUCGUAGUGGCGAGAACAAGUUAUCAAAUUUAAUGUAAUUUUGUUAUCAGGAGAGGGCUUAACCCCCUUCAGUAUAAAUAACCGUACUAACUUAUUUGGUGAAAAAAGUAAACUGAUACUUUCCGAGGUGUUUUUUUUAGAACCCGUACAAAAACUUUAAGUUAAUUCCCGUACUCGUUCUUGUCCUCAAAUCUAACCUGAAAGGGUUAAACAGCAUCGUGAAUAUGUUUUUUUUAUAUUGCUUUGUUUAGCUUGGAUCUCAAUGCUGCUGAGACUGGAGUUCAACACAAGCCACUUACGGGCCGGCCAUCAAACGCACUGCAUACAGACCAGCAGGCAAAUCAGGAAAGAUGUUCCUGCUAA